AUGAGCACCCUUGAUCGACUCCAUGGCCCCAUCAUAGAUGAGAGGUUCCAUUACCGUCGUCAGAAAGUUGGCAAGAAGAAAGAUGUUGAAGUUGAAGACAUUCUUGACGUGCUGGUUUCUCUUGAGGAUGAAGAUGGACAGCCACUGCUGUCCACUGAUGAGAUUAAAGCACAAAACAGUGGUGACUGGCUUUUUCUGGGAUUCAGUUGGACCAAGCACCCAGGUGUUGGCACUGUCAGUCUGCAGGAGUCGCCUACUAGCCUUGCACUAGCCGCGCCCCUUGUUUUGCAAGCUAAACCACGCUUGGCUGCUCACCUCUACAUGGAAAAUUAA